UUUAUUUUUCUGAAUUUAAAUGAAUCAAUACUCAGAAGAAUAGUACCCUAGUGACAAUCCAAUGCAAAUUAUCUAGGAGACACAAUCAGAUAAAAAGAGGUAAACAUUUCAAUAACAAAAAAUGCCAUUUUUCUGCUCUGCAUGUAACCUUCGCUUCACAGACUCACUUUCCGCUGCUGCCCACAAAGCCUCGAUAAAGCACAAGAAGAAAAGUGGUGAGCUGGCUUUAGAGCAGCAAAAAUAUAAGCCCGAUGCUGAUGUCACUGUCGCCGAUGUCGAGGCACUAUUUCGAAGAUGUGCAGAAGAUCUUGGUUUGAAGUCAUGGAGUGAAUUACGGUUCCAAGAAACAAUUCCAUGAUUCAUGAAGGCGUAAAAUAACUGCACAUGCUAUUUUUUGUAUUUUGCUUUGAUCAGGAGCUGAUGCUAACUAAUGCUUCUUUUAAUUCUUUGUGGAUAAGCAGUGGAAUAGUUUUUCGGGGGAAAACUUUUUCCAUCGUAUAAAACGAUAAAUUGACCUCACCUUCCUGUUUCCGUUGAGCGAUUCAUUCCUUUAA